GGUAGGAGGAGAAAUAGCAUUACUCAACGUAGAACUUGGCUAUAAAAAUGCAUGGAAAACGGUCGUGCAAGCAUAUUUCGGCGAGCAACAAACCGAAAGCAACAUGAAAACCAUCCUCUUUCUCGUGGUUCUUAUCGGAAUUGCAACCGUAGAAAACAGCAAAGCGUCAAAGAAUGAAAUGAAGAAAGGUGUUUCCUUUUCUGCAGGAAAGCAAGGCAAACGAAUAAUUGAAGAGGUCUCAAAACAACUUGGUCAGAGGCAGAUGUGGCCUUCGUGGCCAUCAUGGCCGUCAAUUGAUGGUGGCAUUUUAGAUGAGAUAGGUGAUUUUUUUAAUGAGUUAAAUUUUCCAAGCAAUGAUGAUUAUACUGUUAUCGGAUUUGUGGCUAAUCUUUUAAAGACAAUUGAUUUAUAUAAUUUCACAGCGUGUAUCGUCCGUGAGCUUGGAAGUGAUUUGGAGAAAUGCUUAAGGGAACUUGAAGAACUUGGCAUCAACGCUAGUUACAUUCUAAGGGAAAUUAAUAAAUUACUUUCUGGACCGGAUGCUCGUGAGGAAAGUUGCUCCACAUGUGGUGGUGGCCAAACUCCAGUAUUUACUCCAUCAGCUAAUAUGGAUUACUGCAACCUUAUCGGUAACCUUACGGAUAAUUUAGAGUGCGUACUCGAACAGCUUGCUAAACUCAAAUGUCAAGAAUAUCUGAGCGAUUGUUUCGAGCCAUUAGUGACAUGCCUUGGACAAUUCAUCGGAAGUCUUCCUAAAGACGAAACAAACCAAACUAGAUGUCUGAUGAUUUUCGAAGAGCUUGGCAACAUUCUAACAAAUAUUGGAGAUGGGAUACAAGGUAACAACUGCACAGUCGGACUUUAAACAUGAUUUGGAGCCUGACCACGUAUCUAAACCAAAUAUAUAGCGACGACGAAUAUAAUCAA